GCUUCAAUUAGGAUCCAUUUUGUUACAGGAAGCAGGAACUUCGUGCCGACCCGCCGUGCCUUGCCGGGCCAAGUUCGGGCGGUUUCAAUUGAAAAUGGGAUUUUCUUUUACAUUAAGCUCAUGGAGUUCUUCCCAUGUUUCAAUUUGUCAAUAUUCUGACAAAUUAGUUCCAAAAUUGCAUUAUUUGAAGCAAUUAGGAAAUCCCCAUUUAAUAAAUUUCAAGUUAGGAAGGAGCUCAAGGAAGUUUCAGAAGAUUGAAGUUGGGACUCCUAUCUGCUGCAAAAGAAAUGACUUGAUUGAUUUUGAGGAAAGAAGUAGUCCAAAUGAGGUAAGAAAAGAGAUUGAACAGUGUUAUGAACUUAUUCAACGGCUAGGUAGAGGAGUUAUCUAUGUUGGAUCUGCAAGACCGGGAUCUGAUCAUCCUCAUUACAAGCAAGCAGUUGAGCUAAGUCGAGAGAUUGCGAAUUUGUUGGAUUGCACUACAUGGACAGGAGCUGGUCCGGGAUUAAUGGAUGCAGCUAUUAGAGGUACACUAGAAGCAGGGAAACCAGUUGGUGGAUUUAAGAUUGAGAAAGAAGCUGGUCAAUGGUCUUCAAUUGGCUCUCAUCCUUACCUUCUUCCUGAUACAUAUCUUACAUGCAGGUUUUUCUCAGCAAGGAAACAUGGAUUAGUGGAUGCAGCCGUGAGAGAAGGUCCCUCAGAUCGAACAGCUGUAGUGGCUCUACCUGGUGGGAUCGGCACUCUCGAUGAGAUGUUCGAGAUUCUAGCCCUGAUUCAGCUCGAACGAAUCGGAUCAAAAUUUCCAGUCCCUUUCUUGGUCAUGAAUUAUGACGGUUAUUAUUCCAAGUUACUGGAUUUUAUGGGUGACUGCGAGCGUUGGGGAAAUCUUGCAAAGGGAGAAUUAGAAUCACUAUGGGAAGUGUGUGAUACCAACAAAGAAGCUCUGGCCUAUCUGGCUAAAUUUUAUGGUCUUCCUCUCAACAAUGACAAGCUUGAUGGACAUGAAAUAACAGUUACUUAGAGCUCCAAUUUGUCAAAACUUGAACAUGAUUCAGAAAUUGCAUGUGGCUUUAGUUUUCGUAAUGUUUCUUGUAUGUAUUACUCCAACAGGAAGAAUAUAAUCUCAGUUUCUUUAAAAUAAUAGAAAAAAAAUCUAUAUUUCAUGGCAACAAA